UCAUUUCGGUCCGCUCCAGAGUCCUCCAAUUAUUGCCAAGCUGAGGCGCCACCGACCAAAGGGCAGCUGAGACACCACGAAUGUCAGGAUAUCCCAAGAUACGCGACGCCUGCUGAUACUUGGCUCGUGGAAUGCUGGUCUCCCGCGUCGACAGCCUUAUUAUACCAAUCCAACGUCCCACAAAAACUACGAGCAAGACUACACCUUUCUACAUCACUCGGAAAGUCACAUUCGCGACGAAAUGGCUUUCUACCAGAUAAAUCUGGCCGUUUUCGCGGCGGGCAACGGAUACCUGCUCUAUCAGCAGUACAAACGCCAGGGACAAGAGGUCAUCGAGGAGCUGAAGCAGGAGGCGGCCGACUCGGAGGAGGGUUCCGAUGGAGGAGAUGUCGAGCAUCAGCAAUUGCUCUCCUCCCCUGGCGAAUCUCAAAAUGCCGUUCGCCAAUUCCAGCUGGACUUCUUCCCGGUCUACGCUCUGGCGAUGGCAGCGGAUUGGCUCCAGGGUCCCCAUAUCUAUGCCAUCUACAGAUACGAGAAGAACAUCCCCGAGAAGGUCGUGGCUGCUCUGUAUGCUGCAGGCUUCGUGUCCGGUGCCGUUUCUGCGUCCUUUGCUGGCGAGCUUGCAGAUCGAUAUGGCCGCCGCCUUGCCUGCCUCACGUAUUGCGCUACCUACAUCCUCACCUGCCUGACGAUGCUUACCGACAACCUAUACAUUCUGUUCCUCGGCCGAUUCGCUGGUGGUGUUUCGACGACACUGCUGUACAGCGUGUUCGAGGCUUGGCUGAUCACGGAGUAUAACCAGCGUGGUCUUUCGCGGACGAACCUCAAGCUGGGCUCCAUCUUCGGCAACAUGACCACCAUCAGCUCCAUCGUUGCAAUCCUGUCCGGCGUCAUUGGUGACAUCUUGGUCAAUUCGCUGGGCGGCCGCGUCUGGCCUUUCAUGGCAAGCGUGGUCUGCUCCGGGGCUGCCAUGUGGUUGAUCUUCAAGGGAUGGGGCGAGAACUACGGAGCGAAGCAGAACGGUCAGGCAACGAGCUCACUAGCCGAUGUCAAGAGCGGUAUCCAGAUGAUUUUGGCCGAUAUGCGAAUCCUGUCAUUGGGCCUGACAUCGACCUUCUUCGAGGGCGCCAUGUACCUCUUUGUGUUCUUCUGGUCUGCUGCGCUGAAAAGCGCACGAACCAAGGCUGGCUCAGACGAGGAACUGCCGUUUGGACUCAUCUUUUCCAGCUUCAUGUGCGCCAUGAUGGCCGGAUCUUCCUUCUUCUCGCUCUACACCACGACGCACUCCAAGGAGACGACAUCAUUUAUUCUGAUGCUAGUUGUGCUCGUGGUGAGUUGCUGCCUGUCUGGAGCAGUCGUAUUGGACAACGAGAAGCUCUUGUUUUGGGCAUUGUGCAUGGUUGAGGCCAGCAUUGGAGCCUACUUCCCAAGCAUGUCGUUCCUGAAGAGUCAGGUUGUUGAGGAUGGUGUUCGUGGUCGCGUGUACAGCCUGCUGAGGCUACCCCUCAACGUAUUUGUUGUCGUGGCGCAUAGUUUGGAUGAAGAAGGUAAGUUGCUGGGACACGUCCAAGUAUCAAGGUCGCUGCUAAUGAAGAAACAGGUGACGGACACCGAAACGCCGUCUUCAUGACUUGCGCCGCGCUUCUCAUGAUGUCUUUCUUCAUUGUCAAGAGGAACUUUGCCCAGGGUUAGGUCUGGAUGGAUGUUGAUGAUUAACACGAUAUCUCAUGCGCAGAGUAAGUUCACGUAAUAAGAACGAAGUGGAAAGUUUGACAAGCAAGGAAGUAUCACGGGAUC